GCAAACAACUGUGGUUUGGAAGGAUAGAUAGAUAGAUAGAUAGAUAGAUAGAUAGAUACUUUAUUGAUCCCGAGGGAAAUUCAGCACACAGACAGCUCUUCAAUCGUAGCACUGAAGGACAGAACAUCUCAGAGUGUCAUUGAUGUUUUAUCCAGUAGGGGGCAGUACACGCACAGUAAAGUCUGGAUUGCAUGAAAGAAGAAGCGGGUAGAGCGCAAACACACCACUGCGCACGCGCAGAGCCUCGGUCUGCUGGCUGUGACGUCACCGGCCUGUCCUGCGAGCCCCUCCUGGUAGAGAACCAGGAUGUGACUGAUGCUGCCAACCAGCCAGCCAGGAAACCGAUGUUUUUGGUGGUGAACGCAGCCGAACGAGGUCCCACAGCCGGCCGAAGAGAACCCUGAACGGCUCAGCACAACAAACUGUGAACUCGCGUCACUGUGCAGCUCACCUGCAGAGCAGCUGCUUCGGGGCAGGUGGAGGUGACGGCGCGUUCAGAGGGGGCAGCCACACUUACAGUAGCUCAUCACAUUACGGGACGUGCAUCAGAGGCAUCAAGGUCCAGACUGAGCUCCUGUCAGUCGCCAGGUUUCUGUCGGCUGCUGAGAGGAGCACGGCGGGAUGAGUGGGGCGGCUCUCGGUAUCGAGAUCAUCGUGGUCUUCUUCCUGGCGCUGUUCCUGCUGCACCGAUAUGGAGACUUCCGGAAGCAGCAGCGCAUGGUGCUGUUCGGCACGCUGCUGGCCUGGUAUCUGUGUUUCCUCAUCGUCUUCAUUCUGCCGCUGGACGUCAGCACGACCAUCUACAAGCAGUGCAAGAUAGACCAUGAGAAGCACACACUCUUUCCCACCGGUGGCCCAUUACCGUCCAAUCACACGACAGCAAAUGCAACAGUCAAACCCACUAAAAGCGUACCGAAGCCAUGUUACAAGCCGUGGAGCUACAUCCCCGAUGGCAUCAUGCCUGUGUUCUGGAGGGUGGUCUACUGGACGUCUCAGUGUCUCACAUGGCUGCUGCUGCCCUUCAUGCAGUCGUACGCCCGAUCCGGAGGCUUCUCCAUCACCGGCAAGAUUAAAACGGCCCUGAUCGAGAAUGCCAUUUACUAUGGGACCUAUCUGCUCAUCUUCGGCUCUCUGCUCAUAUACGUGGCUGUUCAUCCGGAGUGGCACCUGUCCUGGUACGAGCUGCAGACCAUCGGCAUCACAGCGGCUAACACCUGGGGCCUCUUCCUGCUGGUCCUGCUGCUGGGUUACGGCCUGGUGGAAAUCCCUCGCUCCUACUGGAACGCCUCGCGACACGGACACUUGCUCAUCAAGACGUACUUCAAGGCGUCCAAGCUGAUGACGGAGAAGGCGGACGCAGAGGAGAACCUGGAGGACGUCAUGGAGGAGGUGAGAAAAGUCAGUGAGUCCAUCAAGUACAACCAUCCGCUGAGGAAGUACAUCGACACGAUUCUCAGAAAAUGCCCGGUGGACUACCAGGAGAAGAUGGGCAGGAACAUGGAUGACUAUGAAGACUUUGAUGACAAACAAAACACUUACCCCAGUGAGAAGAGCCUGGUGAAGCUCCACAAACAGGUGAUCUACGCAGUUCAGAGACACAACAGGACUCGGGUCCAGUGGCAGAUCCUCCUGCAGCAGGCCAUCCACCUGGAGGAUGUAGCCAAGAACGAGACCAGUUCAACCCACCAGUUUGUCCACAGCUUCCCGUCCUCUGAGCCGUCCGGCUGGUUCAGCAGAUACGUGUACACGCCAACUGUGGAAUGGUACUGGGAGUGUCUCCUGAAGCGCUGGUUUUACCGGCUGCUGUCUGUGGUCCUGACUCUGUUCAGCGUGGCGGUGGUCUGGUCUGAGUGCACCUUCUUCAGCACCCGGCCCGUCCUCUCACUGUUCGCUGUCUUCAUCCAGCUGGCUGAAAGAGACUACAACUACCUGUACAUCGAGAUGGCGUGCUUUGUCACCAUCUUCUUCCUGUGCACCUGCGUCUACUCCACCGUGUUCCGCAUUCGGGUUUUCAACUACUACUACCUGGCCUCCCAUCACCAGACUGAUGCCUACAGCCUGCAGUUCAGCGGCAUGUUGUUCUGUCGUUUGACGCCUCCUCUGUGUCUGAACUUCCUGGGUUUGAUCCACAUGGACUCUGCCAUCUCCCACCAGCAGAAGGAGCAGACUGCCUACACCUCCAUCAUGGGAUCCAUGCGCGUCCUCUCUUUCAUUGCUAAUGGCUUCUACAUCUACUACCCCAUGCUGAUCGUGAUCCUCUGCAUCGCCACCUACUUCAGUUUGGGUACUCGCUGCCUGAACCUUCUGGGCUUCCAGCAGUUUGUGGGUGACAGCGAGAUGACCUCUGACCUGAUCGACGAGGGCAAGGAGCUGAUCCGACGGGAGAAAAGGAAGCGGCAAAGGAUCGAAGAUGGCGAGAACAGACGGAGAGAGUGGAAGGAGCGUUAUGGAAACCCGAGAGACGAAUACACGGCGAGGAACAGGAGCAGCCAUGAAAUGAAGGAGACCAGUUACUCAGACACAGUGACGUCCAGCAGCAACAGACAAGCCAAGUAUUCUCGGUCUGGAAGUCGGGCAGAGAGGGACUGCAUCGAGCUGCUGCAGGACGCCGAGCCGCUGGACUUCAACGCUGACUCGCUGACGGACGAUCCUCUGGACUCGGAGGCCGGCAGACACGCAGGGGGACGUUAUUUGUCCAUGUCGUCGUCUCGGGGACGGAUAUUUGAUGACGUCUGACGGGGAUCCAAAAACUGGAGCACACGUGAACGUCGCCAUCUACAGGAAGUGAAUGUACCACAUGACCAGGCUGUUCCCCGUCACCCCCAGAUGCAUGUUCUUAAAAACAAACAGGUCACAUGUCAGCAGCUGAACGUGUGGUAUUAAACAAACUGCUCGUGUCUCCUGCCUGUCAUGGCGGCAGAGUCGCUCCGACUGUCUGAGCAUGCUCACAAACGUCUGCAGCAGCUGCACGUCCACACGCCACAUCAACGAGAGGUUCAAUGAAGUAGACUUUAUUUAUGUUCUUAUUUUUUCUCUUAAAUGUUGUGGGUUUAUUUAUCUGGUUGUCACUGAUCAGUUUCAUGUGCUGCUGCUUUUCCAUCCUCACAUCCUCCUUCUUGUCUUUUGAUGUCCCGCCGUGAUCACAAGCCCACGUCUGUCCAAGAUGAAGAGUUCUAACCUCAUGCUUCUUCCUGUUGUAGGUUAGGUAGAUUACGCUCUCUAAGCUGAUAGGUUAAGAGGUCUCAUCAGCCUCGAUGUUCUUGUUUGAAUUUUGUGGUCUGAAUUUAACAGAUCCAGUUUUUCAGUUUAACAUUAUCUGGUGAAACGGAGUCCAACUUCUGCUUCCUGUCUCAGGAGGAAGAUUUACUGCUCAGCGUUGACCUUCUUCAUCACGUUACAUGUUAGAAGCCAUAACAGUCUCCAUACAGCCAAACAUUUCACCAGUCCAACAAUGCACCGUUAGCCUAGCUUAGCAUCAAACUGCAAAGUCUGCAUGUUCUCCCUGGUCCUGUGUGGGCUUCCUCCCACAGUCCCAACAACACGCCCUUUAGGUUGAUUGGCUCUACAUAGAGUGUGUGUGUGUGUGUUUGUGGUUGUCUCUCUUUGUGUGUCAGCCCUGCGACUGACUGAUGACCAGUCCAGGGUGACCCUGAUCGCCCAUCAGGUGGGAUUGGCUCCAGUCCCCCACGACCCUACAACCCGGCGGGUAUAGAAAAUGGAUGGAUGGCUGUCACUAAUGAAACUGUAAAGUGUCUGGUUUGGAUUUCAGGAAAAUGUUCAGGAUUAUACGUUGAAACAAGGCGCCACAACACACAGAUGAGUGAGGUGUGGAGCUGCGAGUGUUUAGCCUGUAGCAUUAGCUCCUGUGUUGGUGAAGAGAUCCUGCUGGCAGGUUCAGCUGAGCUUCUCUAAAUUCACUGCAGUGUCACAUUAUGAGGAGAAACUGACCUGAGUGCAGUGCCUGCAUGUAUAUAUACUGUAUGAUAUCCUUUGUAUCAGAUUAGUGAUGAGUACUUUGGUAUUGGUUGUACUGCAGCCUGGUAACUCCUGCUCCCCAUGUCUUUCCUGAUUGCAGUAGUGCUUCAGUGUGAUCAAGCUGCUGGUGAAGUAUUUGAUUUUCUGUCUGAAUAUCUGAAUAUUUAUUGUCUGUCGUGACCUCAGCACCUUUCUGUCCGGCUCUGCAGGUGAACAGUAGAUCAGGAUCAGCUGACAGUAGUGAAUUAGAGGUGAUGUAUGUUUUACUCUGCUGCCAGUCUUGUGUCAAUAAAAUAACACUAACUGUG